AUGGGGGCGUACUACGCUAUGCUUGAGUUUUCUCUGGGAAUAGUCGUUACAGACAAAGAAUAUGAGCUGAUGGCUACACCCAUCAAGCACGUCGAGCGCUGCAUGCUUCUUACUAAUGACUACUGGAGCUGGCCACGCGAACGAGAGCAGGCCAAGACGCAAGAGGCUGGCAAGGUCUUCAAUACUGUUUGGUUCCUGAUGAAACAGGAGCAGUGCUCAGAAGAAGAGGCGAAACUCAAAGUUGCUGAUAUGGUAGCUGCUGAAGAGGCCAGAUGGGUUGAUGCCAAGCAGCAAAUUUACCAGGAGAACCCAAAUCUGCGAACUGACCUGGUUAAGUUCUUGGAAAACCUGCACACAGCGCUUGCUGGAAACGAUUACUGGAGUUCGCAAUGUUAUCGCCACAACGACUGGUCUAAUGUACCAGAACAGCCAUCAGAGAACCAUCCCAAGGUUUACGAGCUCGCUUCUCUGGGCAAGGCUGUCAUGCCCACAGAGCCCCAAGGUUCAGUCUUGUCGAACACGACUGAGACUCAGAUGUCCGGCGCUGCUGCAGAAUCCAACCUGGUACUUUCGACUGAUGCAGCUUCUCUAUUUUCAUUCCUUGAAAAGGGUUCUCCGCAGGAUGAACAAGUAGAAGUGGGUUCAUCUGCCUCGGCUUCGGAGACCAAUACACUGAGCAGCGCUGGAAUGUCCACUACAUUGCGGUCGAUGUCUACAUCUUCCGAAUCGGCGUCGAGUGUGUCUUUCUCAGAGCAGUCAAAAGCGCGCAAUUUCGACACGAACGUCAUCUCAGCCCCCAUCCAGUAUGUUCAAAGCCUGCCUUCAAAAGGCUUCCGGGUGACCUUGAUCGACUGCCUCAACAGAUGGCUCGAAGUACCCCAGCAAGAUAUGGAGUGCAUUAAAAAGGUCAUCAACAGUCUUCAUGAUUCUUCACUGAUCCUGGACGAUAUUGAAGAUGGUGCGAAGCUCCGUCGUGGAUUCCCUGCAACUCACGUCGUUUACGGCACUAGUCAGGCCAUCAACAGCGCGACAUUUCUGUAUGUGCAAGCUGUGGAGACUGUCUAUGAGCUGGAGGACAAGCAAAUGAUGAAUGUCCUCUUAAGUCAUUUGAAACAAUUAUUUCGUGGCCAAUCACUGGACCUCUACUGGACUUUCAACAGGAGAUGCCCGAGUGAGGAGGAGUACUUUGACAUGAUUAACCAGAAGACGGGCGCUCUCCUUUCCAUGGUGUCGGACCUCAUGGUCGCAGCCAGCCCAAGUUACAGAGCAGCAAACCCAAGUCAGCAACGUCUUUCUCAGCGGGCAUUUUCCAACUUUUCUCGACUUUCCGGCUUGUACUAUCAAGUUCGCGAUGACUACAUGAACAUUAUGUCUGCGGACUACGCCAGCAAGAAAGGGUAUGCUGAGGACCUUGACGAGCAGAAGUUUUCUUACAUGUUGGUCUAUAUGGCACAGCAAAGUCCGGAAAUGAUGGAUCAGGUGGAAGGGAUGUUCAAGGCAAUGAAGAACGGCGAUGGUGACGCGUUGGAGACGAAGAAGUUUAUCGUUUCGCUAUUGCACAAGUCUGGGUCCUUGGAUGCGACCAGGAAGUUGCUUCUGGAGUGGCAGCAGGGUAUUACCAAGGAGAUCGAAACGCUCGAGAGAGAGUUCGGCACCCUAAACCCUACGUUGCGGUUGCUCAUGGAGAGUCUCAGGAUAGACACAUAA